AUGACGGGGACAAGCUAUUUCAAGAAGGAGAUACAGUUCAAAACUGACUAUUCACCGAGCACCAUCACGAAAUAUGAAUCUAAACGCACGGGAAUGUCGGCGGUGGUGGUAGACCGCGAGGGACCUAAGGUCUUGGGAUUCUUUGCCCUUGCCACGGAGAUUCUGGAUGAUUCGGGCAGCCCCCACACUCUAGAGCAUUUAUGCUUCAUGGGCAGUAAGAACUACCAGUACAAGGGCGUGUUAGAUCGGAUGGCAAACAGAGCCUACUCUGGUACGAACGCAUGGACAGCUACCGAUCAUACCGCAUACACCCUCGAUACCGCCGGUUGGGAGGGAUUCGCUCAGAUUCUUCCUGUAUACCUCGAACACAUCCUACUUCCUACCCUUACCGACAGUGGUUGCUACACUGAGGUCCACCACAUUGAUGGAGAGGGGCAAGAUGCAGGUGUUGUAUACUCCGAGAUGCAAGGUGUUCAGAACACCCCAAGCACAAUCAUGAACAUGAAAGCAGUCCAGAAACUCUACCCCGAGGGUGUCGGCUUCAGAUACGAGACUGGCGGUAUGAUGGAAGCUUUGAGAGUUCUCACGGCGGAGAGGAUUAGGCAGUUUCACAGGGACAUGUACCAGCCAAAAAAUCUGUGCUUGGUGAUCAUUGGCGAAGUGGACCAUGACAACCUCUUGAAAAUCUUGGACGAUUUUGAAGGGAGCAUCUUGAAAGACAUUCCUGAUCCGAGCUUGCCCACGAAAAGGCCUUGGAUCGAUUCUAAACCCGUCCCGCUAUUGAAGGAGUCUACAAUUGAUACCGUCGAGUUCCCCGAAAAGGAUGAAUCCAUGGGCGAGAUCUCAAUCGGCUUCCUUGGUCCCAAUUGCAAUGACGCAAAGGCAAUGGCAGCUCUCGAAACUCUCGGUACCUUCCUUGCCGGUUCCUCAGUGUCGAUCCUGGAGAACCAGCUCGUGGAAAUCAAAGAGCCACUCGCAUCUUCUGUCCAGUUUUACGUCGAGGAGCGCCCCAAUUCACUCAUCUGGCUUCAAUUAACCAGUGUGCCCACCAAGAAGCUUGCCGAAGUCGAGAAGCGUCUCUUCGAGGUGCUGAAAAAGACCGUCAGUGAGCCAAUUGACCUCGCGUACGUCCAGGAAUGUCUCCGACGCACAAAGAGGCAGCGUAAAUUCUCGGUGGAGAGCUCUGGAUACUACUUCUCUAACCCUCUCAUUACUGAUUUUAUCUUUGGGGAGAGGGAUGGCAGCACUCUCAAGUCGUUUGAGACCCUGAGCGCAUUUGAUGAGCUCGAGAAGUGGACCGAGACUGACUGGCGAGACUUCCUCCGCAAAUGGGUCGCGGACAACGAGCACGUCUCUAUCCUCGGAAAGCCUUCUGCAAAGCUUGCUAAGAAGAUUGAAGAGGACGAGAAGAAACGUGUGGCUGCCCAGAAAGCUAAAUUCGGGGAAGAAGGCCUUAAGAAACUCCAGGAAAAGCUCGAGAAGGCUAAAGCGGACAACGACAGAGAGAUCCCGAAAGAGGAGCUCGGAAAGUUUCCAGUUCCAGGGGUUGAGAGCAUUCAUUUCAUCAAGACUGAGACCGCAAGGGCCGGAUUGGCAGUGAAAGAUGGAAAGGGUGAUAAGGAAAUACAGGAUAUCAUUGAUAAAGACCAUGUCGACCUACCGCUUUAUCUCCAUUAUGAGCACAUCCCAUCAAACUUUGUGCGAAUAACGAUUCUUGUCUCAACUGCGUCUAUUCCAGUUGAAAGACGGCCCCUGAUCCCAAUAUACCUUGAAAAUUUCUUCAACACACCUAUCAUGCAAGAUGGAGUACGUCUAGAGUACGAACAGGUUGUAGCAAAGUUGGAGAAGGAUACCGUCAACUACAAUAUCGGAUCCGGAACAUAUAUGGACACACCUGAGAGUCUCAGGAUCAGGUUCCAAGUUGAACCCGAGAAGUAUGAGGUCUCAAUCAAAUGGAUCAAAGAGUUCAUGUGGAGCAGCAUCUUUGAUGCCUCGCGCCUUGCUACCACGAUCACCAAGAUGAGGAGUGAUAUUCCCGAUGAGAAGAGAGGCGGUAAAACGAUGAGUAUGUCGGUCAACAGCAUGAUUUCAUAUUCCCGCGAAUCAAUUGGGCGCGCACAAGAUACCCUCGUUAAGGCCCUUUACCUGAAACGAAUCAGCAAGCAACUGGAAGAGAAGCCCGACGAAGUCAUCGCCCAGUUCGAGGAGCUCCGCAAAACCUUCUGCAAACUCGAGAACUUCCGCAUCCUUGUCAUCGCGGACAUAACGAAGCUCAAAAACCCCGUAUCAGCAUGGAAGAACUUCGUCACUGGCCACUCCUUCACCGGCCAACUAGCACCCAUCGACAAGCGGAUCCAACGCCUCACUCCCCAAGGACAGAAGCCCGGAGGCGUGGCCCAUUUGGUCCCACUUCCAACAAUCGACUCCUCUUUCUCCGUCCAUGUUGCCCUCGGUCCGGACAGCCCUACUCACCCUAAACUACCCGCCAUGCUCCUAGCAAUCUCCUACCUCGACGCCGUCGAGGGCCCCCUCUGGCGUGCCGUCCGCGGCACAGGUCUCGCCUACGGCACCGGCUUCUCCAAGAACAUCGACUCGGGCCACGUCCAGUUCACCGUCUACCGCUCCCCCGACGCCUACAAAGCCUGGGAAGCCUCCCGCAAGGUCCUGCGUGACCACAUGGAUAGCAUCGUCGAGUUCGACCACCUCUCGCUCGAGGGCGCGCUCUCGUCCAUCGUUGUCCAGUUCGCGGACGAGGAGUCAUCCAUGGCGUCCGCCGCGUCAGUGUCCUUCAUCAACCAGGUCAUCCACGGGCAGAGCAAGGACUACAAUAUGCAGCUGCUGAAGAAGAUCCGUGCUGUGACGGUGCAGGACUUGAAGGACGUUCUGAGGGACGUGUUGUUGCCCGUGUUUGAUCCCGAGAGGAGUAAUACCGUGGUAGUGACGGCGCCGGUGAAGACUGAUUCGAUCAAAGCGGCUCUUGAAAAAGAGCAUUUCAACGUCACAGUGCACCCGUUGAAGUUCUUCCAGGACGACUAUGGGCUCAAGUACGGCCUCGCGGAAGGCGAAGAGGACGACGACGAGAAGGAGGAGGACGACGAUGAUGAUGACGAUGAUGAUGACGAUGAUGAUGACGACGACGAUGAUGAUGAUAGUGAUGAGGAGAUGGAGGAUAGGUAG